AUGGCUGUCAUAGUGUGUGUGUUAGCAAUGAUGCUACUCAAGUGCAAUUGCACUAAAAUGUACGUGGACGUCAAAAUAAACUAUAUGUCGGAAGGUGUAAUAGUACACCACGGCACAUACUUGAAAAACGGCUCAUACAAGAUGUUUCUCGGGGAAAAGGACCCGCUGGAAGUGGUUUUCUACGGAAACUCACGCCUUUACCCGCCGAGGCUGGAGACGAAGGACCCGAACAGCCACCAGCUCAUCGUGGAGGUGUUCCACACAGGAACCAGAAUGUUCGUCGUGGUACACAACUACUCCUUCCUAGGGGACGACCCGGUGGGUUACGGUAGAAUAUUCUUUGAAUUGGGAAUGGACACUUACAUAGAGGUGGAUUUGCCCGCGAUGGUGACAGUUAUAACUUCGACAGUACAUUUGUCUGUGGACAUAGGGCCUAAGCACAGACAUCCGUUCAUAAUGAGAACUGUGGAGGACUUAACGACUGAAAAAAAAGUGACGUACAAGGUGGUGGAAACGUUCAACAGAAUACCACUGGAUGGUAUAAACGCACCCAAGUACGCAAUAGGAUACGUUUACGAUAGCACUGCGCCAGCAGUGAUAGGAUACACUAAAAUGAACUAUCUGCACGACAAGUGUUUGUCGUUCACUGUGGACUACAAGUUUAACGCUGAGAAGGUGACGAUAAAGGCGGUAAAUUACAUUCUUAUAUAUGAGAGGAGGACGAUUCUCAACAUGCCAGUGUGGUACCUUGUUCUGAGGCCUGAAUCGAUUUUUUUGGAAGACGAGGUUAAAAACGCACUAGCUGUGUAUGAAAAGCUUGAGAACCACUGGGAGAGGUACUUGCUGGUGACAGUCGACAUUUCUGACAAUGUGACGUCCGACCUGUACGGAGUGGAGAAAAUCAUGGGAAUAGCUGGCGAGUGGAAGUACGCGCUAUAUCAGGUGAAGCGCGAGUUCGUCAACACGUACCAAAUAAGAGCAGUGGUAGACGUGACCACCCAGGUCGUGAAGAUACACCGGGUGGACAAAAUGGCUGCCAAUACCACAGUAGAGGUGUACACCAGCGCCGACGACACUGUGGUUAUAGUGACCUCUUACAUGAAAAAUGGAAUGAUCCAGGACAAGGAGGUCGAGGUCUACGAAAAGAGAAACACCAACUUCAUAGGCUUCUCGAAAAUGGUGGAUCCCGCUAAGACGAACGUGCUUGAGUCGUUCGUGGCUAUGUACCCUAUCUGUCUCGGCGUGGUCAUUGGCGAUAAGCCUAACGCGACCUACGGUCGCAAGGAGAUAACUGGGGGCCAGUUUAAGUUCCUGUACUUCUACCUCAGGGACUCCGAUUUCAGGGGCAACGACCUCAGGGACAAGUACAGGUUCGCCUACGUCUGGGAGCGCAACCCUUACGACUGUGGAAACGUAACUGUCGACGGCUGGAGCAAACGCACCAGGGUCGUGAACAGGGAGCUAAACACGCGCAAGUUCAUGAUAAGGAACACUUAUUCGGCGCAGCCCGUCGACGUCAAGUCCUAUGAAAUUUACCAGCUCAUGGAAUGA